UACGGAGGAGUGAAAAUAUUACAACCAGAAGAGGUGAUGUGAACCGUAGAGAAAUUACCUGAAGACACAGCUCUGACUAUGAGAGAAGUCCAGACACUAAAGACACCAUCAUGUACAACUUCUACAUGUACACUUGAGACCAUUGCUAGCACCUCUCUGCUCACAAACAAGGGCAACUAGUUUCUGCUAUUAGGGUUCUCUGCCACUGCCUCAACUUUCCAAUUCAAUGAGGUAAUAAUAACAAAAAGGAAUAGUCAUAAAUAUUAUUAUAAGAAAUAACCACCCAAAUUGAAUUUUGACUUCUUUGUUGCUCACCAUUCCUUACCAACACCUUUUGAAAGAUUCAAAAAGCCCUCCAAGCAUUAAAACAAUACAGCAGCCAUAAAGUAAUACCAUGACCACCAUUGUGAGCAUCAAAACUUCACAAUAGCUAGAAGAAAUGAGAAGUAGAAGCCAUUCAUACGUUCACUUGAGUUUUGUCUUCUUAGUUACUACAUUAUUUAAAAAUAUCUCCAGAGAAACAACAAUAAAAUCUCAUAAACAGCUACACAAAGUCAAUUAUUGAAAAGAAAAUUCUGACAGUUAAAAAUAAUACUUUGAGUUUAAGUGUACAAAUUUAUCAAGAGAGGUUUGACCUGCUGUUUUUAAAACAUUUAAAAACAACCACAGCAACUAAUUUAACAUAUCAGACUUGGGGAAGUACCAAAAAUGUAUUGUUAAACAGUCUAGCAGGUUUAAAAUAUAAACACCUUCAACAUCAUGAAUGUAUCCUUACUAAAGUAUCUGUGCAACUCCAAUUACCCCAUGAUGCAGUCUGUUACAUAGUAGUCGACAGACAUGUUACUGGGUGGAUGUAGCUAUUCACUAUUCAGUUUGAUCACAUUUGAUCAUUCAAACUUUUUUCAAAAUAGAAAGAGAAUGCAAAACAGAAAGCUAGCAAACACUAGGUUUCUAACAAUAAGGCCAUAUAAACCACUACCACAAGCUCAGCCUGUUAAAAGAAAUACAUCCACACAACCCAAGCUCGCCUUUUUUUGACCGAGUUGUCAGUAUGAUGAACUGCCUCACUUUGGGAAAAAAUUUUGACAGGAUCAGGUGCAUCACAGAACUGUGAGUAAUCAUCAAUUCCAACAUCACCCUAAAUACUAUACCAACAACUGACUACUCUAUAAUGGUUUAGUUAGUUUGUCAUAACUGAAAAAUCUAUGCAAGCACUAUUUCCCUUAGUGCUACCCUGUUUUUGCUGCCAAACCUUGCCAUUUUCUGAGCAAUGUAACUUUUAACCUUCUAGCUUAUAAACUUGGUUUAGUCAACUUUUAAGCAAAUCAUAACAGUUAAGUGUAACUUUUAUAUUGCCAAACAAAAUAUAUAACAGUAAUAAUACAAUUAGUAGAGGCUAUUGUUUAGUUACGAUAUUAAUGUAACUAGAUUUAAAAUAUUAUUGUAGCAAUUCUCUAUAACCUUACACAAAGUGACUAACCAUUGUCUUGAUAUUAUUGUUUAGGUUUACAAAUAGCUUCUAAUUGUGACCAGGCUCACAAAAUGCAUGACAUUUUUGUCCCAGUUUUAGAGUUACAUCUGCAGAAACUAUUUCCUAUUGAUAAUAAAAUCAUCCCAAACACAGGAUGUGUAUCAUAAAUUUCCUGUAUGUAACACUAUUACGCCUAGCUUCAAAAUCAUAGGAAUUUCCAGCUAUUGUUCGAUUCCUUAUAAAAGUACAGUUAGUUUAAUUCAGUAGUUCAGAGUUUCAAGACCUGCACUUACAAGCUCAGGACCUCUUGGUCACAAAAGGCAACUCCAUUGUAACCGCAAGUUGGUGACCUAAUAUUUGACUGAGGAUUUGGCAUGUAACAUUUGACCUCGUUAUUGUCUUAGAGUUCAAGUUCAAGAAUAAUACAGUUCAUAUGUACUUAUCUCAAUCCAAUUGUCUAGUCUUUGCUGGAAUUCUUAGUUGAUUCAUGUUCAAAAUUUGUCUAGAGUGUAGUCAGCUUUCAGAACAUUGUAUUAAUCUGUACCCUUCAAUCACUACACAUGUUAUGCAAUACUGUAGCAGACGUGGAAUGGUAGAAAGAACCUUAAGAAAGGUGCACUGCAAAAUCAUUUGCGCCUCAGCCUGAAACUGAAACUAGCCAAUCCGUGGAUUGGUGAAUUUAUGGUGGACAUGCCUAUGGAGGUGAUGGACUGCAUCACAGAAUUUGUCCUGAACCAAAACAGUUUUGGUCACAAAUUCAGUGAGACAAACAAUCAAUUGUCUUACAGAAUAUAA